AUGCGACGUCGAGCGAAGUCAACACUUAACAUUAAAAAAUGCCGUACUACACUAUUGGUCGGCCAGUUAGCUCUUAGCUUUUUGUCUGUCGCUUUUCAUUAUUAUUGUUUGUUCGGCGGAGACGGCGGCGCUUGUGAAAAGCCGUUGGAAAAGCGCGAUGCUGAGUUCGUUGGCGUUGGAAAGUCGCGAGGCAAUAAAACCUAUGAAAAUGCACUUUUUUGGUAAAUAAUAUAUGAUGCGUGUUGUUUUACCCCGCGAUUUAUCGGAUAUCGAGGAUUUACGCUGUAUUUUACAAAUAUUCGUAAAGGGAACCGAAUGCAACG